GUGCCCCGCGGCGGAUUGUACACAAUCAUCAUGGCCGCCGCCGCUGCCGCCGCCGAUGGUGCCGAGGAGCCGGGCAUGGAGGCGGAGGCGCAGGAGCUGCCGCUGGGCCGCGGCGGGGCGGGCGGCUCGCCGGCGGCGGGGCGGUCUCCGGACGGCGAGGAGCGCCGGGAGCCCCCGGAGGCAUCCGUCAGCAACGGCGGCGACGAGGACGGCGGCAGGGAGCUGGUGGAGCUGAAGGUGAUCUGGAACAAGAACAAGUACGACGUGAAGUUCUGCCUGGACAGCACGGGAGCCGAGCUCAAGCAGAAGAUCCACUCGCUCACAGGCCUCCCGCCUGCCAUGCAGAAAGUCAUGUUCAAGGGACUGCUGCCGGAGGAGAAAACCUUGCGGGAAAUCAAAGUAACCAACGGAGCCAAGAUAAUGGUUGUGGGCUCUACCAUCAACGAUGUGUUAGCAGUAAAUACACCCAAAGAGGCUGCUCAGCAGGACGUCAAAGCUGAGGAAAACAAAAAGGAGCCGCUUUGCAGACAAAAGCAACACAGAAAAGUGUUGGACAAAGGAAAACCUGACGACGUGAUGCCUUCUGUCAAAGGCGUGCAGGAGCGGCUGCCCACGGUGCCGCUGUCCGGCAUGUACAACAAGUCAGGGGGCAAAGUCAGGCUGACCUUCAAACUCGAGCAAGACCAGCUCUGGAUUGGUACAAAAGAGAGAACAGAAAAGUUACCCAUGGGGUCCAUUAAAAAUGUGGUGAGUGAACCUAUUGAAGGCCAUGAGGAUUAUCACAUGAUGGCAUUUCAGCUGGGCCCAACAGAAGCAUCUUACUACUGGGUCUAUUGGGUCCCAACUCAGUAUGUCGAUGCAAUCAAAGACACGGUGCUGGGGAAGUGGCAGUAUUUUUGAAAGCACGCUCACCUCUGGCACAGGAAAAUGACACAAAUCUAAGGACACUGCUGGGAGAGGCCUCCAACAUCCCUGGAUGUGACAGUCCUGGAACUUAUUAUUAAAACAUGCUAAACGAGGCAUGGAUGGAAGCCAGAGGUGAUGUUCUUUCACCAUUAGUUUACUUUUAACUUAACGAUUUCACCAUCCCUUUUCUGCAGUCAGCUUCAACCAUAUUUAAAGCAAAUACAAUGGAAAUCAAUAAAUCUUAAUUCACAAAAUAUUGUGUGUAAUACACUUAAAUCUGCUGAGAGUUGAUCUUCCAGUUUAGUUUUAAAGAGAAAAUAUUGCAAUGUAUUAUUGAGGAUUUUUUACGUGGUUUGAACAAAACCAAAUAUUUUCAUAAUCUCUCAGUUAUCAGCAUUAGACUUACUUUAGUGACUUGGUUGUGAAGGGGACUUUGAGGGGCAGAUUUUUAAGAGCUAACUGUAGCAGAGCACAGCGUCGCUGUUGGUGAAGCCAUAUCCCGCUGGCCCUCCAGGGCAGCCUCCACUCCUUGGUAGCAGAACUAAUUCUUUGUUUUAACCCAAAGACGCCCUGCUUGCUUGGGAUGUUUCCUGGCCUUUCCCGAGUCUGGCAGCUCCAGGUUGGUCGAUGUGGCGUGUUUGGAGCAGGUGAAUUGUGCAGGGAGGCUUUGUCGUGGCGGGUGACCCAGUGCUGCCAGCUGCUCCCUCCUGUGCCCGGUCGGUGCUUCACUCCUGCCCUGGGCUGCUGCAUUUCGGGAGCAUUUUCUUGCUCGUGCAUGUUGCAGUCCAGGAUCAUUUUGCAGCUGCUGCGUUGACACUGAGCUGUUGGACUGGGAACACCCUUGUGCUGCUGGUGUGAGCAGGGGGACGCGGUGGCAUGGACGCGGAUGGAAACGCUGUACCGCUGCAGCGGGACACAGAUCUCCCAAAGGGAGGGAACCACAGAGACCUUCCUGCCCUGUUUGGGGUGGGGGAAGUAAGGAAGAGAGAAGCUCCGAGGCUGUUUUGGAUUCUUAAUAACAGCAGCAGUCUUUGUGAGCUGGAUUUGAAAAUUUGUAGUGAUGGAAUUCAGGUAAUUUAGAUUAACCAUCCAGCGGGGGAUGUUCUGAAAUGUAAACCACCUUCCAGCUUUUCUCCUGCUCCAGUUCACAAGAAGCCCUCACACCCGAUUCUGUCAGAAGGAACGUGCUGUGCCUGGGGCUGUGGUGCUCUGUGUGUCAUGCCAGCCAUCCAUGUGCCAUUUCUCUCAGGUGUUCUGAACAGAGCCCUCAGCCCUGCACAGGUGCAAAGCCCAUAGCAGGUGGCAUUGUGCAGCCAGACUGGAGCAGCUCGCACA